AUGCCGUGCAUGCUCUUGAACCCACACAUAAAGUAUAAGCCAUAUACCCCCCUGAAGCUCGAAAAUCGCGCAUGGCCGACAAAAACGUUCACCAAGGCCCCCAUUUGGCUGUCCACCGAUCUUCGCGAUGGUAAUCAGGCCCUCGCAAAUCCCAUGACUGUCGAACAAAAAAACAUCUUCUAUGACACUCUGGUCAAAUGCGGGUUCAAAGAGAUCGAAGUAGCAUACCCUGCUGCCAGUGACACAGAUUUUUCAUUUGUUCGUGGACUAGUCGAAGGUGGAAAAGUACCAGACGAUGUUUGGAUACAGGUCCUGACCCCCGCCCGCGAAGACUUGAUCAGGCGCACCUUCGAGGCUAUAGCAGGAUUCAAGCACGUCAUCAUUCACAUGUAUAAUGCAACAUCACCCACCUUCCGUAACGUCGUUUUCCAUAACACAAAAGAACAAACGAUCGAUCUCGCUGUAAAACACACUAAAAUCAUCCGACAACUAUCCAAUGAAUACGCAGCCAAGUAUGGCACGCGAUUCAAAUACGAGUACAGUCCUGAGACAUUUUCUCAAACCGAAGUCGAGUUUUCAGUUGAAAUUUGUAAUGCUGUAAAGGCUACAUGGGGCAAGGCUGGUACUGGAGACGAGCGGAUCAUAUUUAAUCUUCCAGCUACCGUAGAAGUUGGCCCUCCUAAUCAUUAUGCUGAUCAAAUUGAAUAUUUCUGUAGCCAUAUAACAGAGCGGGAAAAAGUUGUCGUUAGUCUACACCCUCACAAUGAUCGGGGCAAGUCCUUUGCACUCGAUCCUUAUUCUUUGCUAAUACAUGUCCAUUCAUCAGGUACAGGAAUAGCGGCCACAGAACUCGCUUUUCUGGGAGGAGCUGAUCGUGUAGAGGGGUGCCUUUUUGGGAAUGGGGAACGCACUGGAAAUGUUGACAUCGUUAACCUUGCGUUGAAUCUCUACACACAAGGCAUACCUCCAAAUCUUGACUUCAGUGAUCUGCAAAGUAUCAUCGAUAUCGUAACGUCAUGCAAUGACCUUCCAGUUCACCCGCGACACCCAUAUGCCGGAGAGCUUGUCUUCACUGCCUUCUCUGGCUCACAUCAAGAUGCAAUCAAGAAGGGGUUCGAGGCACAGAGUGUCAGACACGCACAAGCUGCCGCCAAGGGAGAACCACUGAUGUGGGACGUCCCAUAUAUGCCCAUCGAUCCUGCCGACUUGGGCUGCAGUUACGAAGCUGUCAUCCGCGUCAAUUCACAAUCCGGAAAAGGUGGUAUCGCCUAUAUCGUCAAGCAGCAUUUGCAACUGGACAUGCCUCGCAAAAUGCAAAUAUCAUUCUACCAAAUUAUACAGGGUAUAUCUGACCGCGAGGCCCGAGAGGUGACCGUAGAAGAUAUCACCACUGCAUUCCGCACCAAGUAUUACUUGGGUGGUCCAAAAUAUGAGGGCAGAUUGGUCCUAAAAUCAUUCCGCAUCACAACAGAACCAUCGCCUGAUCCCAUAAGUCAAACGAAUGACGAUGAAGAUGCUCCUGAUGAGCGACGACGAUUUGAUGGCACAAUAUCAGUCGAUGGUGUCCUGCGCGUUAUUCGAGGCGAUGGCAAUGGCCCUUUAUCCGCUCUCUUGGACGCACUGCGCACAUAUCUAGAAAUUGAUCUGACCCUACGCGAGUAUUCCGAGCAUACCAUCGGAGAAGGCCAAAAUGCCAAAGCAGCAUCCUACAUUGAGCUCGUUGCGUCGGGACCAGAUGUUAAGGAAACACGCAAAGCCACACAGUCAUGGUGGGGUGUUGGCAUUGACUCAGACAUUGCUGGAUCAGGUCUACGUGCUAUCCUUAGUGCAGCUAAUAGCGCCAUUGGAGACCGCCCACUGCCUGAGUUGAAGCUCGAUGUAGGAUUCAACGUAGCCUCAGGACAAGCCGAUGUUGCAGAUGCUAUAGUCAACUCUUUGAAUCUGCAGCUCCCUCGCAGGUUCCAAGCAUCCUUCUUCGAAGUUGUACAACGAGCCACGGCAAAUUCAGGCGGAAAAAUUUUGUUCGAAGAUCUCACAGCACUCUUCCAAACCACGUAUGGCUAUGAAAUCGCAGACGAAUGGCAUUUCGCUCUGCGUUCUUUCAAGCUAGAACCUAUCGGUGACGGAAGUCACCGUCUGUUCAGUGGAGAGCUGGCGGUUGACGGUCAAGUUCAGUCGGUAUCAGGCGAGGGUAACGGUCCGCUAUCAUCUGCCCUGGCUGCUCUGCAUACCCUCAUUACGGGGACCCUUAGCAUCCGGGAGUAUGCGGAGCAUUCAGUGGGAGAGGGCACGGAAGUCAAGGCCGUAUCUUUUGUGGAGCUUUUGUACGAAAAGGAGGGCCAGAAACAGAAGGAGGCAGCAUGGGGCGUGGGCAGCGACACUAACAUCACGACCUCUGGGCUAAAGGCAGUCUUGAGAGCAGCAAAUAGGCUGAGUGUUGUUGGGAAGUGA